AUGGAGGCUGCUGCAGAACUUCUGAAAGAACUGCAGAGUAACAUCACCUGUAAGAUCUGCAGGGGCUAUUUCUCUAAGCCUAUCACCAUCCAGUGUGGGCAUAGCUUUUGUGGAGCAUGUCUCUCCUUGAGCUGGAGAGUGGGAACACCAGCUUUUCCCUGUCCUGAAUGCAGGCAAAUUCCCCAGGACAGGGAGAUCCCACAAGUGAACAGGUGCCUAGCAGAGUUGACUGAGCAAGGCAAAGAGUUCUGCUCCAAGCUUCUGGAGAGCACUAAAGCACAGAGCCAGUGUACCUUUCACAAAAAACGCUUCAAGCUCUUUUGUGAAGAUGACCACACUGCCCUCUGUGUGACAUGCUGUGAAACUCCAGAGCAUGGGGCUCACAAGAUCUUUCCCAUAAAAGAGGCUGCUCACCAUUACAGGAAAAAACUGCAGGUCAUUCGGAGUCACCUGGGGAAACAUUUUGAAAAAGAUAAGAAGCUUCUUGCUCAGGAGGAGAGACCUGACUGGAAGGGAAUGAUCAUAGGAGAAUACUUCAAAGCAUACUGCCUCCUAAUGGAGGAAAAUUCCCAAAGUCUUGAAAGAUUGAAGCAAGAAGAAAAGGCCAGACAGGACAGAAUAAGCCACCAGAUGCAAACCCUUCAGGACCUCAAGCUAGAAUUGAGGGAAGCAGUUCUCCAACCCAAUCUGGAUGUGCUGCAGAAUGCCAAGCAGCUGCUGAGAAGGACUGAGGUACUGCUGGCCCAAUGGGCCUCGGCUGUCACCUCAGAACUGAGAGCAUGUCCCAUCCCUGGGAUAAUGGAGAUGCUCAACAGAUUCAGAGUGGACCUCACUUUGGAUCCCAGAUCAGCUGAUUCCUAUGUGACUGUUUCUGAAGAUCUUAAGAGUGUGAAGGCUGCCACACGCUGGCAAGUGGAGACCAAGCUUCCUAAGGACUUUCCUUGCCAUUAUGUCUUUGCUAAGCAGACCUUCAGCUCAGGCAAACAGUACUGGGAGGUGGACGUGACUCAACUACCUCAGUGGAUCCUGGGGAUCUAUACCCCACACUUUUGGAGUGGGAUGGACAGGAUCAUGGAUUGCUCUUCCCCUGUGUUCCUGCUUCGCUGUAUCAAGAAGGAGCAGGAUUACUAUUUACAGACUUAUCCUGGAUUAUUGAACUAUCGAGUGAAAGACCCAAUACCCAGAGUUGGGAUAUACCUGGAAUUUGGCCCGGGCACUAUUGCCUUUUACAAUGUUCUGCAGCGCUCCCUCAUUUACAAGUUUUGCCCUAUUCUCUUCUCAAAGUCUGUUCCCUUCUUUUCCCCUGGGCCCCCACUUUCAGGAACAAAGCUAGGUCCCAUGACUCUCUGUCCUGUGGACUCUCAUCUUUGUGCUUGCUGCUACUCAUGUCUCUGA